AUGCAAUUUGUUUUUGUUUGCUUUGGGGUACAAACAGAUAUAAUGACUUUCCAGUCCCCUAUGCCAAGCAGGGAAUUCUUAUGGGAUGUGUUUAGAAGGGUUGAUAAAGACCGCAGCGGUCAUAUAUCAGCAGAUGAAUUGCAGCAAGCUUUGUCUAAUGGAACAUGGAAUCCUUUCAAUCCUGAAACUGUUCGACUUAUGAUAGGUAUGUUUGAUAAACAAAACAGAGGUGUUAUAUCCUUUGAUGACUUUGGAGCCCUAUGGAAAUAUGUAACAGACUGGCAAAACUGUUUCCGUUCAUUUGACAGAGAUAACUCUGGAAACAUCGACAAAGAAGAGUUGAAAAAUGCACUCACAGCAUUUGGUUAUCGGUUAUCUGAUGAAGUGGUUAAUAUGAUGGUUCAAAAGUUCGAUAGAUAUGGUCGAGGCACUAUACUCUUUGAUGACUUUAUUCAAUGCUGCAUUACUCUAUAUACGCUGACGUCAGCAUUCCGUCAAUAUGAUACAGAUCAAGAUGGCGUCAUUACAAUUCAUUAUGAACAAUUCCUUAAAAUGGUGUUUGGACUAAAGUGUUGGCCGUAA